GGAGCGAGCCGAGAGGAUUGGGGCGGGCGGGCGGGGACUCGUGGUUAUACGGGAGGCAGAGACGGGAGGGAGGAACCCGAGACCCGAGGCGCUGGGAGGCGGUGGCGACAACAACGACAUUGUCGUCGGCUAGGGGAAGCCACUCUCCAUCGCUUCGACCACCAUCAUCAUCGCCAUCAUCACCAUCAUCAUCGUCGUCAUCAUCAUCGCCGUCGUCGGCGACAGCAGCGGUCCUAUCCACCGCCUGCCCGCUCGUGCGUGCGCCCGCCCGCUCCAGGCCGCUGGUUCGUGGCGUCAUGCCGGCGCGCUGAGCCUCGUGUAUGGAGAACCCAGGUGCCACCACUGCUUCCGCGCACGCUCAGGCCAUGCCCGGGGAGAGCUACCACUCCGCGGACGCACACCCACACAGCGUCUUCCCUCACCUCCCUGGCCCCUGGGCUGCGCCACCCUCCCAGAUCGUGUGGAUACAGCAGACUGAGGAAGCAGCCGCAUACCCCGUCUGCCAAGACUCGCAGGGCCUUUCACCAGGCAUGCUGCCGCCAUUCGCCAUCAACAGAUUGCUGCCGCAGAAAGCGAUGCACGGCAGCUGCACUGAAUCGGUCGCCCUCCCGAGCCCGGACCCUCCCCUGGACCUGUCGUUCACGGCCGCCCCCCUCGACUCCUCCGUCCAAUCGGAGCGCUCCACCUCGCGCGACGGCCUGCCGCAUGAAGGCGCCGCUGCCGCCGCGUCCAGUCGCGCGAUGGCGGCCGCUCUCCCCUCGCCGGUCGACGGCGGCCAGGAGGAACGGCGCGACGCUGCCGCCACCACCACCUCCAUCGCCGCCGUGGAGGAGAUGGAGCUGCAGUGCGACGACAAUGCCGGCGGUGGUGCCCAGAACGGAGGAGUGGUGUACGACGCCGACGACAUUGAGGACCAGCAGCCACACUCCGGCGCGCCGACUCCCUUCGACAAUCCCUUCAGCGCCCCCUCCUUCCCGCAACUGUCACCCGCCUACUGCUCCGUCAUCCACCACCCGCUCGCUCCCAGCGGCUCCGGAUCGCCCGGCUCGCUCGGCGACGAGAGCCCCCGUGGCCUCGGCCGCGAGAGCGCCCCGCCGAGGACGCCGUGCCGCAGGAGCGCCCCCGCCCGGUCGCUCAUCUACUCCGAGCAGAUGUUCCGCUCGUCGACGGCGACCUUCGAGUACGUCAACGGCGACCUGUCCGCGCAGUCCUCGGAACUGUCCGACCGCGGCUCGCCCGACGUGCAGCUCAUUUCCGCCACGGGCGAGCGGACGCGCGCCUUGGAUUACUCGUCGCCUGCGGACAUGUCGUCGCGCCAUUCCCAGCCGAAUGCAGGCGCGUCGUACCUGCCGCCGGCGUACUGCCAGAGCGCACCCUACUUCACCUACGGCUCGUACUUCGGUGGCAUGGGCGGGUAGCGGCGGCGGCGGCAGCAGCAAC